GUAGAAUACUUUGUAAACAACAAAGUAUUUUUUUAAGUGUUAAUUGAAAACUUUGUGCUUUUGUGGUAUUUGUUCGCUCCAGAAACGUCGCCGAAUAUCGUCAUUGGUGUGAGCAUCGCGAUGGAGCAAAGACGUCUAUGUAUCUUGUUAGUGGUCUCGUUGCUGGGAAACGCUUUCAGCGCGCCUUUGGAGCUGCGGUUGAAAAGAGUCGAUGGGGACAAUGAAUUAGAUUCAAACGAACAGGAAAAGGAUUUGAUGGGAGCCGGUUCAGAAAUCAGACCGAGACGUCAGGAAGACUCAGCGAAUAACCUAGAUAGCCCCAAAGAAGACGCAGACGCAGAAGCAGAUUCUCCUUCAAAAGUAUCAAUAGACACGACAACGAACAAAGUUGAUUUCGCAACUCCAGUCGAAAGUGACGACGACGAUGACGAUGAUGAAGAUUUCGACGAACCCGUUACACCCGCGGCGACUACCGGUGGGGGUAGCAAUAUCUUCAGUCUUCUAAGACUAGCCAAUGCUCUGUUCCCUAGCUCUUCUAGCGGAGGCAAUGGUGCCACGAAAACAGCAGGCGAAGCAGCGUCACCUCUUUGGACCCUGAAAAUGGACAUCCUGCGAGCUCUGCUGCAGUUCGGCACCAGUGUUCUUGGCGUGGCUUCGUCGUCUUCAUCUUCGGCCUCCACUGGUUAAUACUUGUUACUCAAUCACGUGCCAUAUACUGUUGUUGUGUAAUAUAUGUGAACUUUACUACUAUUACUGUCUUUUAUUUCAA